AUGCCGCUACACCACGGCGAAAUCGCCGUGGUUACGACUCCAAUGUUUAUUUACAGACACGAGGCAAUUGGCAUUGUCUCUCUUCGGAUUGAUGGGAAUGCUGCUAUCUUGGGCAUCAUUGAUCGCUCGCUUUCGUCUCGACUGUCCCAACCGUACCAAGAACGAGAGUGA